AUGAGCCCGGAAAAGCGUACUGACGAAGAGGAGGGGGUUGACUGCGUUCUCCUUUCAGCACCCAAGAUCCUAAAUUCCUCUGAGGGGGUAAAGGAAAAUAGUGGCAGUGAAACAGAAUACGGCUGCAUAACAGAAUCAGAAAAUCAAAUACAACCACACUCAGCACUGAAAGCCCUUCAGCAUCAGCUGGAAUCAUUUCAGGCUCUCCGAAUACAGACUUUGCAGAAUGUUAGCAUGGUGCAGUCUGAAAUCAGUGAAAUACUGAACAAAAGUAUUAUUGAAGUAGAAAACCCAAUAUUUAGCUCAGAAAAAAAUCUAGUAUUCAGCACACGCAAUGAAAAAGCUUUGCCUGUAGAGAAUCAAGAAGAAACCCUUUCUAUGGAGAAAAUUCAGCCUUUUGAGGAUCCUAGGACUCUUCAUUCCGUAGAAGAAAUAUUCAGUAGUGACAGUGUUAACAGGCUCUCUCAAGGUAUAAAUAUCCCAUGCCAGAUACAUUUCAAGGACAUAUUAACUUCGACAGAUAAUUCAGCUUCAGAAAAUUCUGACUUGAAGAAUUAUAAUAACCUUUAUAAUUUCCUACCUAAUGUACCUCAAAACGGGAUGUCUCAAGCUGAUAUGGUAAUUCUGGAUAAGUCCAGAGUUACUGUGCCUUACCUCAAGCAUGGAUUUUGUGAAAAUUUAGAUGAUAUCUGCCAUUCUAUCAAACAAAUGAAGGAAGAGCUUCAAAAGUCACAUGACAAGGAACUGGCACUUACAAAUGAACUGCAAACUUUAAAAGCUGUUCCAAGGAAUGGUAACUAUGACCUGCCCCCCACUCACAAGGAAAAAAUUAACUUUAUUAAGGAAGAAAAUAUUGAAAGUAACUUAAAUGAAGAUAUAAAAUCAAAGAGAAUUUUGGAAUUAGAGGCACUUAGGGAAACAGUGUCAAAAUUCCAUGUGAAUUUUUGUAGGAAAUGUGAAAAACUAUCUAAGAGUGAAAUACACAGGGGGGAAAAGAAUGAGAAAAAUAAUAAAGAAAUUCCUAUCGCUGACAAGAAUACUGCAGAUUUAAAACUCCACUCCACAGUUCCAAAACAUACACUGGCAUUCUGUGACCCAACAAAAUAUGCAAUGAAAGACAAAGAAAGACAACCAUUUGCAGUAAAACAAGGAUCACUAAUAUUUGAAAGUGAGAAGACAUCCAAAGUCAAUUCUGUUACUGAACAGUGUGUAGCAAAAAUUCAGUACUUACAGAAUUACCUGAAAGAAUCUAUGCAGAUACAGAAAAAAGUACUAAAACUAGAGAAUGAAAACCUAACCCUUAAAGCGAAAAUUAAACUUCUUGUCUUUACCACACAAUCUCUGAUACAGAAAAUUGAAAUGUAUGAAAAACAACUUAAGACAUUGGCUGAAGAAAAGAACACUAUUCAGCCCAAGUUAAUUAAAACAGAAGAAGAUGGCAAAGAAUGUGUUAAAGAAUUGAAAGAAAUAAUUAGUAACUAUAAUGUUCUCCAAGGACAAAAUAAAACCCUAGAGGAAAAAAAUAGUCAACUUUCUUUGGAGAAGCAACAAAUAAUAGAAACAUUAGAACAACUAAAAAGUAAGGAACACAAAACUCAAAGUGACAUGGCCAUUGUCAAUAAUGAAAAUAAACUAUUGAUCACAGAAAUGGAAUCAAUGAAAACAAAUAUUCUGUUGAUACAAGAGGAAAAAGAAGUAUUAGAGGAAAAAACAUACCAGCUUCUAAAGGAAAAAGGCUCACUUGAAAAUGAACGAAAAGAAAACCAGCUAGAGAUAAUGCAGCUAAAAGAGAAAGAAAGAUUGGCAAAAACUGAACAAGAGACACUUCUUCAAAUAAUAGAAACAGUUAAAAAUGAAAAGCUUAAUCUUGAAACAACCUUACAAGAAUCUACUGCUGCGAGAGAAAUGAUGGAAAGAGAAAUUGAGGAUAUUCAAACAUACCAAUCUACCGCCGAAGAGAAUUUUCUGCAAGAAAUAAAAAAUGCAAAAUCAAAAGCAAGUAUUUAUAAGAAUAGUUUGUCAGAAAUGGGCAACAAAUGUGAUAUGUUAUCAAAAAUGUUAAUGGAAAUUAAAACUGAUAAUCAGAUUCUAAAAGAAGAACUAAAAAAACAUAGUCAAGAAAGUAUAAAAUUUGAAAACAGCAUCAGUAGACUUGAGGAAGACAAAAUACUUUUAGAAAAUUAUGUAAGAAGUAUAGAGAAUGAAAGGGAUACCUUGGAAUUUGAGAUGCGGAAUCUUCAAAAAGAAUAUUUAAAUCUAAGUGAAAAAAUCUAUAAUCAUCAUAUUGACCUAUCAAAAAUGGGUUACAUUUCAAGAAGAGAGAAAUUCCAUUUUGACAUCUAUGAUAUUUAUGAAGACACCUCUAGUCCCAGAAGUAGGCCUUUAGCCCCUGAUUUGAAAGGUAUGUAUAUCAUGGUGGAUUAG